AUGAAGCGCCUUGCAAACAAGCUCAGUGGAAAGAACAAGACUGAGGAUUCCCCGGUUGCGCACGCUACUAAAAGCUUCAUCAAAGGCACAGGUGAUCAAGGGCUAUCCAGCUUGCCGAGUAUUCUUGAAGCUUGCUCAGUCACUUCUCAAAAUGCUCUCGGCUCAACGAUCGAAACGCUAGACUUGAUUACCCAUUAUUUUGGGCAACGACAGCAUCUUGCACGACAAGCUCGCUGCGUUGACCUGUUACGCUACAUGUCUGAUAGCAACGAAAUUGAGCUCUUCCCACUCAUCAGCCAAAAUUUGACAUUCCUAUCACUGCUCGAACGGAAUGCCAUGGCCAUGGCAAAUGGAGAAGCUUCGACGUCUCCACAGUCUGCACGACAUCUCGAGGGCAUGACUAGAAUUCUGAUUGAUCACUUCUGCUUGAAGGCUGAUGUACCUCAACAAAUCACGGCUCUGCAGCAAAAGCUUAACGUUGGCGCCACGCGAACACGUCGAAGCACACAAAGCCAGCGCCCUGCGAACGAGAGAGAUCAAGCAGUGCGUGAAGUCAGACAGGCUCAACUGAUGGAAGACGUUCAAAGUGCCAAAGCAGAGUGUGAGCUGAUGUCACUGUUGCUCUCUGAUUCUGCUGGAAAGCAGGCCGAUCAAGACAGCGAAAACUUGGAUGAAGAGUUGUAUGAGUCUCUCAUCAAGCGGCGGGAGAUUCUGGCUAAGCAUGCCGAGUCUCGUUUGACUGAUGAGCAGAUGCUACAGCUUGUCGGUGCUUCCGAGCAAAUCGAAACAACGCUACAGCUCUAUUCGGAUUACAAGGAUGCUGAGCGUAAGAGUCUCAAGAAUGGCAAGCAAAAGGACAAUACAUGGCAAGGCCUCGACACCUUUGGUGGGACUCCAACAAUGAGCUACAGCGCGCCUUCGCCUAUUGACAAGUCAAGACAGGGACAAGAAGCGUGGCCAGCGAAUGAUCAGGCAUUUGAAGAUUACCGGCACGCGCAUGGCUACACGAGUCAUCAAACAGGAUACCUAGACGCCAGCCGAAGCGAUGAUGGAGCGCCAGGCUCGUCCGGACCGUCGUCCAGAUAUGUUGAGAUGGGAGAUGAACCUGCUGAGUAUCGUUCGACGACACCUGCACCGAUUGACACUGCAGUGCCCGCUAACACUGCAAGUCAGUGGUCGCCGAGAAGUAACAACCCUUUCAACAACAAUCCCUUUACAAGACGACAGUCUCAAGAGCAGCCGAAGCAGCCUGCCAAGACCAACCCAUUCUUGCCAAACACCCUUUGCGAUAUUGCGACACUUGGUCUGCCAUAUGGUCUUGAAUGCUUGGAAUCAGGAAGUAUAUUCAAAUUCCGGUUGACUACGAAACUUCGGGCUGCAGUAUUCAGGAGCAGGGGUGUUUUAGUCUUCAAAAUUCAGACUGUGCGCGUCAUUGCCGCGAGUGCCGAAGUGCUGGGUUUGGGUGAAACUUUGAUUGCACAGCCUUCAAACGGUUACACAGCUCUCAUUGGAGGAAGAUUAGGGAAAGGCGUCGCUGCGAAAGCGUUGCGCUGGGCUGUGUAUGGAAGGUCGACGUCUACAAGCAAGUUCAAAGGCAUGGAUCUGAUGAGGAUGUAG